ACUAACCUCAUUAAGUCACUCUAUGAUAUUUAAAAAUUUUGUGAAGUCGCCGGGCGGUUCUCGAUCGGUUAAAUGAAGUGUACUCCGAUGAAAUUGUACCAAAGAGUAGAAUGUCCCAAGAAACAUCUUGAUAAGUAUUUCCAAGGAGAUUUGGAGGAGCGUCCAAAGUAUUUUACUCAAAAACAUAGAGGAUAUUCUGUAUCGUUUGUAAGAAAAUUAUUCUCGGAUAGAAAAAAAUCGCCGAAAUUAUCCGUAAAUACUUUGAAAUUGCCGGAAAACCUGCCCGCUUACAACACCGGCAGCUCCAUGGACAAAUGGUCCAAAAAAAGACCGAGACUAAAAUCGGGCGACGGGAAAAGUUUUAGGAAAACUUUAGAUGUACUAGACGAAAACGCUUACGAUGUAAACGAAAUUAUUGAAAUACUGGAUUGCACACAAGUCGUUGAUAAACCUCAAGAUGUCGAAAUCGAUCCGGAUAUAGAAGAAUUAUGGGAUAAAUCUCGAAAUGGUGAUUAUAUCGGAAGAAAUGACAAAAAGGAAAACAAAUCGAGAAAAUUUUCGUUAUCGAAACCGGCCAGUCCUCAAACCCAACAAAUUAUUAGAGUUGAAAUUUCUUCUACAGUUUCCAUUAUCGAUUACAAUCAAUUACAAAGGAAGGAAAACUUUGGUAAAGACCUGACGCACGUCGAGGAUCAUAUUAAGAAUAAUAUCGAGGAUAAAGAAGAAGAUUUUGUCGUUGGACGUAAUCAGUUGUCCAUUGAAACAAAACAAAGAUAA